UUCUUUCAGGAGUGUAGAACAAACAAAGUUAAACCCCCGAUCGGUCGACUUGUAUGACACCCGACAAUCGAAAUCGAAAAUAUUCAGUUGGAAUAAUUGGACGACUAAAACGACUAAAACGAGGGUUAAUCGAUCUUUCAAGAUGAUUGACAUUGUAUUAAGAAUUGCUGUCAUAUUUUCUCUUCGGUUCUUAUCGUUUGCUGCUGUUGAAAGGUCUUUAAUAUCACAAGUUCCGUCGUACAGAGCCAGGUUCACAGGUGCCCGGAAUAAUUAUGGAACACACUUCAUCAUUGGAUUUACAGCCCAAUAUACAAAUAACCGAAAUGAUUACAUUCGAGUGUAUAUUGCUGCCCUUGACGAAACAAAUGUGACGAUGUAUAGCGAACAGACUGGACAGCGUUGGAGUUACACUGUUGGUAUAAAAAAUGGAGGCAUCUUUGAGCUUAAACUACCGAUUUCUUUGCGAUUGAAGAAAGACGAACUUCGUCAGAAAAGUAUUGAGAUUUUGUCAACGGGAAAUAUUUCAGUGUUGUGCUUAAAUUUUGGUGGUUUCUCGUCCCAAGUGGGUAGCAACAUGGCUCUACCAUCGAUCACUUUCGGCUUAGUUUACGUUGUGGCAUCAUUUCAGCCAUACAACGCAUUUUGUCGAGCGAAUAUUGCUGUAUUAUCAGCGCAUAACAACAACAAGAUCAUAAUUCUUCCAAAUAAAAAUGCGAUUAUAUACUAUCGCGGUAACUCGUACGAAGGAAAAACAUCACAGAUACACUUAACCGAAGUCCUUGAAAAAAACGAAGCGCUUUACUUCUCGGCGAAAUCAGAUUUAACCGGAACACUCGUUUUUGCAAGCAAACCGGUUACUGUGAUUUCUAGCGUAGAUCGUACUGAAAAAACAUUGGGAUCCGCAUAUACUGCUUUCUUUGAAGCAACGUUGUUGCCUGUUUCGUUGUGGGGAUUUGAAUACAUCUUGGCAGCAGUGGGAACGUUGAACAAAUUACAGGGGGAUAUUUUCCGUAUCUCUAGCUUUGAAAGUAACACUGAGGUUAAAAGUGCAUACUGGACAAGAGUUUUGUCAUCAGGGGCGUACGUAGAGUUGAUAUUAGACAGGGACCUGGCAUCUUAUAUCAAAUGCAAUAAGCCUUGUCAAGUUGUGCAAUAUAUCAGAGGCGGGGUGAUUAAUGGGAAACAUGCAGGGCCUUCGAUGUUAAUUCUUCCUUCAGUGACACAAUUUCUCUCGUAUUACCACGUGGCACUUCCUCGAAGAGCGGGUUUUAAUGAUUCAUUGACAAUAAUUAUUGAGAAGGAAAAUAUGGAUGGUUUAUAUAGGGAUGGAUUGAAAUUGGAUGGCUUACGAUGGAAAAGCAUCAGUGGGACAAAAUAUGUUUGGACGAUAAUAGAUGUAUUUAAUGUCAGCACUGUCACCGUAUAUCAUACAUCUUCCUUAGUAAAAUUUGGUCUUCUUGUAUAUGGAUGGAAUAAUGGAGCUUCCUAUGCGUACCCUGGUGGUUUUGAUUUUAAUAAUAGCUCAAAUGAUGGAAAGUCAUCAAAGGCUUUGUUACAAAUUCCGUCGUACAAAUCUAGGAUGAUAGGUACUCAGGGAAAUUAUGGAAGACAUUUCAUCGUUGGAUUUACCUCCCAAUAUGCAACUGGUCAAAAAAAUUACAUUGAAGUAUCUAUUCUUGCACAAAAUGAAACGAAUGUGAGAAUUUAUAGUAAUCAAACAGACAGGCUAUUGAGUUUGACUGAAAAUAUUAGAAAUGCAGGAAUUUUUCGGAUGAAACUGCCUAAUUCUAUUCGAUGGAAACGAGGAUGGCUUCAGAAAGGUAUCGAAAUUCUUUCAUCGGCAGAUAUUUCAGUGUUGUGCUUAAAUGUCGGUGGCAGUUCUUACAAAACGGAUGGAAACUUGGCCUUGCCCACAAACACUCAGGGUUUAGUUCAUGUUAUAGCAUCAUACUGGCCGCAUUUUAAGAAUUUGAGAGCAAAUAUAGCCGUAAUAUCAGCACAUAAUAACAACAAGGUCAUUAUUCUUCCCAACCGAAAUGCAAUUAUAAACUAUCGAGGUAACUGGUAUGAUAGCAAAUCAUCACAAAUACAAAUAACCCAAGUACUCCAGAAACUUGACACGCUAUAUGUCUCAGGUAUAUCAGAUUUAUCUGGAACACUCGUCAUUGCAAGCAAACCAGUCACUGUGAUAUCUGGCGUAGAACAGGCUAAAAUUGGGAAAUGGUAUAAUUUCAUGGAAGGAACCUUGUUGCCUGUUUCAUUGUGGGGAUAUGAAUAUAUUUUAACAACAGUUGCAACCAUGGAAAAAUCGCAGGGAGAUGUUUUUCGAGUCUUUGCCUACGAAAAUGAUACUGUUGUUCAAAGUGCAUACUGGACAAAAGUUUUAUCAUCUGGGACAUAUGAAAACGUAUCAUUAAAUAAAGAUUUGGCGUCAUAUGUUAAGUGUAAUAAGCCUUGCCAAGUUGUGCAGUAUAUCCGAGGCGGAACAAUUAAUGGAAAAUAUGCAAUACCUUCGAUGUUAGUUCUUCCAUCAGUAAGUCAGUUUCUUUCUUAUUAUCACGUGCCAGUACCAAAAGGUGAAGAAUAUCAUCAUGAUUCAAUCACAAUAGUUAUAGAGAAAGGAAACGUCGAUGGUUUAUAUUGGGAUGGAUUGAAAUUUAAAAGCUUAAGAUGGAAGACUGUCACGGGAACAAAUUAUGUUUGGACGGUGAUAGAUAUACUAGAUCCAAACAUCAUAACAGUGUAUCAUGCUUCUUCCUCUGUAAAGUUUGGUCUCCUUAUAUAUGGGUGGAAAGAUAGGGCUUCAUACAGUUAUCCUGGUGGCUUUAGCUUACAUAAUAAAUCAAAUGAUAUAAGUUCAAUGUUGUCUGCAGUUCCAUCGUACAAGUCCAGGAUAGUAGGUACCAAUUAUGGGAAGCAUUUCAUCAUUGGGUUUACACCUCAAUCUUCUAAUCGACAAAACGACUACAUAGGAGUGUCUAUUCUUGCUUUUGAUGAAACAAAUGUAAAGAUGAAUAGUGAACAGACUGGACAGGCAUGGAGUUAUACCGUAAAUAUUAAAAAUGGAACAGUUUUUGAGUUACAACUGCCGACUGCUUUGCGAAUGCAAAAGGAUAAAGGAUUUCUUCAAAAGGGUAUUGAGAUUUUGUCAACAGGAAAUAUUUCAGUUGUUAGUUUCAAUUUUGCUGGUAACAUUUUCCAAGUGGAUGGAAACCUGGCAUUACCGUCUAGCUCUCUCGGACCGGGUUUAGUUUAUAUUGUAGCAUCAUAUCAGCCGUAUAGCUCGAAUUUUAGAGCAAGUAUUGCUAUAAUAUCAGCAGAAAACAACAAUAGAAUUACAGUUCUUCCUAACAAGAAUGCGAAAAUAUACUACCGCGGUAUCUGGUAUAGUGUCAAAACAUCUCAAACUCAAAUAUUCCAAGUCCUUGCAAAACGUGACGCGCUAUAUGUUUGGGGUAAAUCAGAUUUAUCUGGAACUGUCGUUACGGCGGACAAACCAGUUACUGUAAUAUCUGCCGUAGAUCGUACUGAUAAAACACUGGGAUUCAAUAGCUUCCUGGAAGCGAACUUGCUUCCAGUCUCGUUGUGGGGAUAUAGAUACAUCUUCACCGCAGUAAGAACAAUGGAAAGGACACAGGGAGAUAUCUUUCGAAUCUUUGUUUUCUAUAACAAUACCGUUGUUAAAAGUGCAUACUGGACAAAAGUUUUGUCUUCUGGAAUGUAUGAAAACUUGACACUAGGGAGGGAUUUGGCGUCAUAUGUUAAGUGUAAUAAGCCAUGUCAAGUUGUGCAAUAUAUCCGAGGCGAAUCAAAAUAUUUGACAUUCAGGGGAUCUUCAAUGAUAAUUCUUCCAUCAGUAAGCCAGUUUCUAUCGUUUUAUUACGUGGCACUCGCUCGUGGUGCGGAAUAUUCCCAUUCAAUAACAAUAGUCAUAGAGAAAGAAAAUGUCGAUGGGUUGUAUAGAGAUGGUUUGAAAUUGAAUGGACUACAAUGGAAAACUAUCACUGGUACAAGAUACGUUUGGUCGGUAAUCAGUUUACCCGAUCCAAGCAAUGUUAAAGUGUAUCAUACUUCUUCUGUUGUUAAGUUUGGUCUUUUUGUAUUUGGAUGGAAUGAUAAAGCUUCAUUCGGUUAUCCAGGUGGAUUUGGUUUACAUGUUGACAAACCUCAAGGACCGAGUAAACCUCGAAAUGUUACAGUUACUGUCAGCGAGUGCAAAUUAAUUGUUAAAUGGUUGGUUCCCGCUGAUUUUCAAGGUGAUAUCAGUCACUAUUUUAUAUCUUGGGGGAAAAAUGGUGAAAGCGAUACUUUUCAAACAGUAAAGACAUCGGAAAGUCCAUUUAUUAUCAACGAUUUUUGUAACGAAUCAGGCACAUACACUAUAAAAGUCCAGGCGGUGAAUGACAUGAAUGUUGUUGGUGAAAUCGCUUAUGUAUACAACGUGAGCAUAGAUGGUAGUCACAAUGUGGUAUCUUCGGUAUCUUCGAUUUUUAUAACACCUAGUAGUAUUACGGAGAGGCAGUCUUCUUAUGUGACUGCUAAUACUUACAAAGUGACAAAACCUAGUAAUCCAACAGUAAUAGUUACUUCCAAUAAAGAUAUCCCAACAGGUGUAAUUGCUGGAGGAGUAAUUGGAGCUGUUGUAUUCCUUUGCCUUGCUGUGUUUACCUGUGUUUUCUUGAUACGAAUAAUACGGAAGUAUCGGCGAAUGGAAUCAAGAGAAAAAUUCGCAGAAUGGCACCCGUCAAGUCUUGAUAAAAUGGCGAACACUUCGGUUGCCGGAAACAAACCGCUAUUGCAAGAAACAAACCCGAUAUUGCAAGAAACAAACGAAGCACUGCCGCUAGAAAUAUCGUACGUUUCAAUAUUGAAAGACUGGCAGAUCUCACCAAGCUGCCUGAAGAUACUGUCCAAAUCGCUUGGAAGUGGACACUUCGGCAUUGUGAGACAAGGUCUAUAUACGCCUUCUGCAGGCAGUGCUCCCGAAUAUGUUGCUGUGAAAAUGAUGAAAGAUAUUGCCACGGAAUCAAACAAAUUAGAUUUUUUGGCUGAGUUGAAAAUGUUGAAAGAAAGUAACAAAGAACCGCACGAAAACGUCCUAAAAUUUAUUGGUGGCUGUUUGAAAGAAGGAAAACAAAUGUUGGUAACAGAAUACUGCUCGGCUGGAAAUAUGCAUGAGUUUCUAAGGAAAAGCAGAGUCGCUGAUAAAUCUGAUAUAUCUCAGAUGCAGAAUCUCAAGAUACAUUCAACUUUAAGCGAACGCCAAUUGCUUAAAUUUGCGGUUGAAGUGUCAAGUGGGAUGGCGCAUCUUGCAAAACAGAAGCUUGUUCAUCGUGACUUGGCUGCCAGGAACGUUCUUCUUGCUGGUGAAGGUAACGUGGUAAAAAUUGGUGACUUUGGUUUGGCGAAAGAUAUCGGAAAUGCUCAAGAAUAUAUACGAAAUAAUCCUGAGGACUUUCUUCCAAUAAAGUGGAUGGCUGUGGAAAGUUUAGAUAAAGGUCUCUUCACAACUGCCAGCGAUGUAUGGAGUUUUGGCAUUCUUCUCUAUGAAAUUGUGACCUUGGGUAAGGAACCGUACAAAGGCAAAUCAGCGUUGGAAACUGUACUUUUUAUUGGUCAAGGGAAUCGAUUGGAGAAACCAUCCCACUGUUCUAAUCAAUUGUAUGAGAUAAUGGCAAAAUGUUGGAAGAAUGAUGCAAAAGAGCGACCAAAAUUCUCAGAGAUGUGGCAAAAUUUACGAGAUAUGAUGACUGAUGAACAGAAGUCGUAUAUCGAUGUACAGCAAGAGAUAGCGAAGAGUAAUAAGUGA